CCUGGCUAUGUGUAUUACUCGGGAGUAAAUGCCCCCCCCAGCGUUCUUUAAGGUUUCACGCCCAAGUACUAAAGGCCAGUUCGGGGCUGCGGUUUUGGAAGGCGUCAACCGGGAGCGCCGCGCAGCAAAAGCCGAAAGAUAAAAGACAAAAAAGAGCCGGGGGCACCUCGAAGAUUAAGGGCGAAGUUUUCACGGGAGCUUUCCUGGAAGGAAUCCCCUUCUUCCCACCCGCGAGGGACAUCCUGAUGCCUGAAGGUCCCAGGAAAGCCGGCCUCCAGCGGCAGCCCGUCGUGUCUCGAAGGGGGGGGGCUCCGCGUCUUCGUCUCCUCCUUCGUGACAGAAAAAAUGAUUGCCUUGCCCACCCUGGCUAUUCUGCUCCUCUUUGUGGUUGGCUAUGGUUCCUCCGAGAACUCCAGUACCUCGAGAGGGUGUGGACUCGACAUCCUUCCUCAGUAUGUGUACCUCUGUGAUCUGGAUGCGAUCUGGGGGAUUGUUGUGGAGGCAGUGGCCGGCGCAGGAGCCCUGACGACGCUGCUGCUGAUGCUGAUUUUGCUGGCGAGGGUGCCGUUCAUCAAGGAGAAAGAGAAGAAGAGUCCCCUAGGGCUGCAUUUCCUCUUCCUUUUCGGGACCUUGGGGCUCUUCGGGUUGGCGUUUGCCUUCAUCAUCGAGGAAGACGAGACCAUCUGCUCCAUCCGACGGUUCCUCUGGGGAGUCCUCUUUGCGCUGUGCUUCUCGUGCUUACUCGCUCAAGCUUGGCGACUCCGGAGACUCGUUCGCCAUGGCAAGAGCCCGUCCGGGUGGCAGCUCGCCGGCGUCGCCAUCUGCCUAGCCUUGGUCCAAGUCAUUAUUGCAACAGAAUGGCUGAUCCUGACCGUGGUGAGAGACGGGAAGCUGGCUUGCCAUUACGAGCCGAUGGAUUUUGCCAUGGCGUCCACCUACGUCAUGUUUCUCCUGGUGGUGGCUCAGGGCUUUUCUUUUUUCACAGUGUGUGGAAAGUUCAAGAAGUGGAAGAAGAACGGAGUGUGCCUCAUGAUCACCAGCUUCUUUUCCAUCCUCCUCUGGGUUGCCUGGCUGGCUAUGUACCUGUACGGCAACAAAGAACUUGGGAGGCGAGACCAGUGGCGAGACCCGACCCUUGCCAUCGCACUGAUAUCCAGUGGUUGGGUGUUCGUGAUCUUCCACGCUAUCCCGGAGGUUCACUGCUCCAUCUUGCCCUCUCAGCAAGAGAACACACCAAAUUAUUUCGAUACAUCCCAACCACGCAUGCGCGAGACAGCUUUUGAGGACGACUUACAGCUUCCACGGAGCUACAUGGAAAACAAAGCCUUUUCAAUGGAUGAACAUAACGCAGCUUUACGGACUGCAGGAUUUCGCAACGGCAGCUUGGGGAGCCGUCCAAGCGCCCCGUUUAGAAGCAACGUCUACCAGCCCACCGAGAUGGCCGUGGUCUUGAAUGGUGGGACUAUUCCAACCGCUCCACCAAGUUACACUGGAAGACACCUAUGGUGAAAAGGCUUAUAGGAAAAGAGGGAGAGACUGAGAGACUCCAUUAACAGAUGUUAUUCCCUGGGAGUGUGUCUUUUUCUGUGGGGAGGAGCAAAUGAUGCUAGCAAAAGAACACCAGGAUUGCAGAGUCCCCACUUGGGAACAUGUGAAGUCCUGGAUCUAAUAGAUUUUCUUUUAAAAAAAAAAAAAUUAAAUGUGAGCACUAUUGAAUUGAUAAGCUAACCACAAAAGCAAACCUCUCCAGUGAAACAUAAGCUGAAACUAAAUUUAAAAAUAGCUGUAGGCACACUCUUUUUUUAAAAAAAAAGGAGGAGGAGGAGACGUGGGGGAGGGACAUGGCCUCCCAGAAUGACUGGAAUCAACAUGUGCUAGGCAAAUGUGGACUUGAUUUGGCCACCAAUUGGUUUGGGAAGAAUUAAAACGGAAAUAAAUGUUCUGAAUCUGUGUUGUCACAAGGGAUUGCCCCAUUCAAGCCCCACCCGGGAAAACUAGUCUUGUGACUUCAUCAAGCCAUUUUUGGGAGCAGAAAAGGUCACAAGGAAGAAAGGCCCCCGCCAUGUCACUCCCAAGAAUCAUCUUAGGAUAAGCCUUAUUCUUCCCCAUGGGGCCCUUGGAAUACUUUUAGAUCAAGCAAAAGAGCCCAUGGUUUUGUUUUCAUAUCCUAUAGACUAACUGAGUUUCUAAGGUGAACUUUGGGGAUUGAAGACAAGGGUGUGUUGGCAAAAUCCUCAUCCGAUGCUUGAAGUUGGCUGAUCUACAACACUGCCUUCUUUUAAACAGCGGUAAAAUAGCCAUAGGGGCGGUCUGCAUCUUUAUCAAGGUUGCUGGCCAGUUUCCUUUUUGUCCAGAAAGCAAAGUAGGAAAGUUGCACAGCCAACUCUAUGUGGAAGGGUGGGGCAGGUUUUGUUCUGCCUCUCUUACGGCCUGUGGCCGUGUUGGAGCUACACUUGAGAAGGGGCUUCCUGUUGAAUUGCGCUGCAGUUUGGGGGCAGGAAGAGAAUGCAGAAAAAUGCAGCUGAGCUCAGAGCCAUGGAAAAAAAAAAGACACGCGUGGGCUACCUCUGGUCCCAUGACCUUGCAUGAAA